AUGGGUCGCGCUAAAAUAACGAUGAAGUUCAUCCAAAAUCAAAAAACUCGAAAAUUAGCUUUCAUUAGGAGACAUAAUGGAUUAAUGAAAAAAGUUUCUGAGUUUUCUAGAAAGUUUGAAGUUGAAGCUUGUUUAGUUGUGUAUGAUGGCGAUGAUGGUAAUGCUAGACCGAUAACUUGGCCACAAGACUCAACAAUUGUACACUCAAUGCUUAAAAAGUAUGAGCAACAAAAGAUUGAGACAACUCCAAAGAAAUUUGAUGCGAUUGACUAUUUUGCGAAUAGGAAAAAUAUGGUUGAAGUUGAGAUUUCCAAAUUGCACAAGAAGAUUGUGAGGAACAAGUAUCCAACAUGGAGUCCAUCUUUUCAUACAAUGGAUGGAGAGCAACUUAAAGGCUUCAUUGAUAUUGUAGAUGCUAAGAUUCAAGCUUGUAAUCACAAAAUUAGCAUGCUGAAAAAUAUGCAACAAAGUGAUAGAAAUAAUUUGAUGCAAAACAAAGCUCAAGAGAAUAUCGCCUCCUCACAUUCAAGUCAACUUGAUUUCAGGCAUAACAUUCCCCAAAUGAAAGAUAUCUCUAAUGAUCCUAUGGAGCUAGUUAAAGGUAAUCAUACUAAUGAGGCGAUUAAUUUCACUAAUUAUGUUAGUUUACCUCUUAUUUCAUCAACAAAUCAAAUUAAUGAACCUGCAAAGUUAGAUAAUAUGAUGGUUGAACCUAAUCAAGAAUGGGCUAAUGAACUUGAUGAACUUCUACAACUAGAUGAUCGGGUGGUUGAAUCUAAGAACUGGGCUUCUAACCUUUCCAAUUUUAAAGAAUGGGAUAAUCAACUAAAUGGUGAUAUUGUGAAUUUGAAUAGUCAACCUGAUUUAUUUGCGUGGCAAGAUAUUUCAUUUAUGUCAUAG